AACAAUACCAAAUCUUCCUAUACUCCAAACGCAAACUAAGUGAAACGUUAGGUUUUCUCUACUUUGCUUUUAUAGCUGCUAGCUUCCGUUUUGUGCCUACUUAAAUGCCCAAACCACACUUCCAAAACGAAAUUAAAUACACUAAUGAAACCCUAAUUACGACUGUUAGAAGAGAAGAAAGAAACCCCAACCUGUCCUCACAACCCUCCAUCACUAUAUAUCCAAACAGAUCGUAUUAAUUGACAUUAUAAUCUCUCGAUCGUACCGUAAUAACAAUUAACAAGUUAAGCAUGGCGAUAUCUGGAAGAGAAUUAGCGACCAGAAAGCUGAUCAGGAUGGUGGCUAUUGUUAGUACCGUUCUCUGUGCAGCUGCAAUCGUGCCACCUGUGGCCGCCGGCGAGUUAACGUGCAAAGAAAAAGCCAAGCUUUACUUGCUCGGCGAGAAUGGCUUCGAUUAUAGAUGUUGUGAAGGAAUUGAUGCAGACUGGGACAGGGCCAUUGUGAAAGAGAUAAUCGCUCGCCGGAAGGACGAUGACGACUGGAAGUGGCAGAUCGGGGCUCGCAAUGCUUGGAUAUGCAAACUUUGUGGCUACUACUGUUCUGCAGAUUUUCCUUGAGUUUUUCUUACACUUGUUGUUUUAGUUUAUGAAUGAAUACUUGCUUGCAUUGUUUAAUAAUGGGAUUUAUGAACGAAUAUUAACAUAUUUAUUUAUAUAUGUCCUCAGUUCCUAACUCAUAUUUUCCUUAGGGUUUUACCAACAAUGUUCCUCCAUAUGUAGUUAUUCAUGUAUUUUCCAUUCCAAGUGACACCAAGAAAAAAAAUUUUGAGAUUACAUGCAUCAGUAAUACCGAUCUCUCAUUUGUCAAUAUCAAUUCGUCAUCAGAGUGAUUUUUAUCGACGAUAGUUCUUCGAAGACGCAACCUGUUGUUAGAAAGGGGGGGAAAACUACGUUAUUGGAGACGACUGGUUAUCUUGAAAGAUAGUUCUUAAAAAGAUUUGUUGGUCUAAAAAAUACUCAUUGUAGACGACUUACUGUCGUGAAAAAUAGUUCUUAAGACUAAGAGACGGCCUUGUUGUCGCGGAAAAACAUUGCAUAAGAGGAAGACAUGUUGUCUUGAAUUCAUAAAAGUAGAAAAAUAAACUGAUUCAAAUAUUUGAAUCUUUGGGGACAAUUAUGUGUCUUUGGUAUUGGGACAUAGCAUAUUGGCCCAAUCCAUAACGACGACCUUUGUCGUAUUUGAAAAUGAAAACCACCAUUUAAC